GCUGACGUAUAAAUAAGUCUGCAGGAUUCUCAGCAGAACAGCACAAAGUGUUUUUAAACAGCCCCAAUUCUGGAGUAGUUGAGAAUGGGACCAGAUGUUGAGCAUCUCAUACCUGCUUCCUCAAAAUAACCUCACAUGCUAAUGGCAAGGCGGGGCUGAUCACGGCAGGUGUAUAAACAUUGAAUGAAAACACAGAGAGUCACUACUACCCAGUAAAACAGGCAAGUUGUGGAGAAAAAUGAAUGCCAUCCAGGUGAUUUCCCUCACUUGGCUGUCCAUUGUGGCAGCCGGUGCUCAGUCUAUAAAACCAGGAAGAUGCCCCGUGCCUGCCGUUCAGGAGAAAUUUGAUGCUGCAAGGUAUCUUGGUAAAUGGCAUGAGAUCCAGAGACUGUCGAACAGCUUCCAGAAGGGCCAGUGCAGCACUGCCACCUACAGCCUGCAAAGCCCAGGAGUCGUUGGUGUCCUCAACAAGGAGCUGCUUCCUGACGGCACCAUUGACAGCAUCAACGGCACUGCCAAGGCCGCAAGUUCAUCUGAGCCUGCCAAGCUGCUGGUCACCUUCUUUGAGAACACCCCUCCUUCCCCGUACUGGGUUCUGUCCACCGACUACGACAACUUCGCCCUGGUCUACAGCUGUACUGAAAUCGAAUCGUUACAUGGGGAGUUCAUCUGGAUCCUGAGCAGAAAUCCCAGCCUUCCUAAGGAGACCCUGGAGGAGCUGCAGAGCAUCCUGUCAUCUUUUGGAGCCAGUGUGGAGAAGCUGCUUGACACCAAUCAGGACAGAGAUCACUGCAGAGUCAUGCACGAGUAAACAUGUGCUGUGGUUAUCACUGAAUGUCUCCAUGAUAGGUCAAUGCAUAAAAAAAAAAAAAAAAAAUUGGGCCGACUGUCAGAUAUAAUACAAGAUUAAUUAAUAUGCUAAUAUAAUGUCUGCUUGAACUCUUUGGUCAAUAUUUAUAUUGUUGCACCAAUAAAAGUGGACCAU